AUAUAUCUCCUGUCUCUCUCCUCUGUAUCCUGCAUAUCCCAGGUGGCUGAUAUAUCUGGCGGCUAUAUAUAUAUCACCUGCACACCACCCGCGCUGACACCGAUUAACGUCACCUGAGAGAAGAACAAACUCCCAAAUGUCGCAGUCGCAGGCGGUAGACAUCCCCGGCUUUUUAAGGGCCACGGGCGCUUCUGCCUCGAAAUCCCGGGCAAAUCCCUGGCAAUCAAAGACCCUUGGCACGUCGCAAGCCACAGGUUAGAUAUGAACUCUGAUUUACGCUCAGGAUGUGACGCAGCCGUGCCUCAAAGACAGGAUGCUGUGUCGAUCGGAUCUGAUUCACCGCUGAAGUCGAACUCGCACGCUGCUAAGAUUGGCAUGUGCACAUCCAUGGAAACGCCAGAGACAUGCGCAAUGAUACGAGUGCAACAUGCCAUUUCUUGUCUGAGUACACUUGAUAUAGCAGAGCUGCGAAGCUAUGUGUCACCUCCACUCGCAGUGGAAAUAACGUAUUCUGCUCAGUUUAUAAUAGACCUAUUUGCUUCUAAAAAGGCGUGUGCUUGGGUACUGGGGAUGCUUGAGGCUCACAAGUGGCGUGUCGGACGUGGUCAUGAACGCUUGGAUUCCCUGCCGGCUUCAUUUCUUGGCUCUGCCGCAAUGAAUAAGAAGUCAAUUGUGGACAAGACCUCUAUUGCAGCAAAGAAAAAUCAUAGAUAUAACCUCGCAAUGCGCGCACUUCGAAGUGGCGGUAUAAGCACCAAAGACACUACAGCUUCGUUGGGUCGUCUUGGUGGGGGCUGCUGUACAUCGUCGCCAUGGUCUAAUGUUGAUUCCGCUUCGCAUGCUAUACCUCAUCUGCCCCCCUUGAAAGACUGGUCCUCUACUUUGGCCUCAUCUGCACAGUUGUCCCGCGUGGAUUCACCUAUGCUGCCACAUUCCUCAAACCUGCUUUUUGCCCGAGCCGUGGACCUGCUUCCAGUAGAGUUGCAGGCUGUGGCACCCAACCAAAAUCCAUUUGCACUAGGGUAUAGGCGGCAUCGUGGACUGCCACGUCGCAAGCUGACGCAGCAAGAACGGGCAGCGCGGCUUGUGACACAGCGUCGCCAAAUGGAACGACUCGCCUCGAGGCCGCAAGACAGGUUGAUGAAUGCCUACGAGAAGUCGAAGGACAUGGGCAGUCAAGGAAGAAGGUCGUUUAUUUGCUCGGAUGGUUCAACUACGUUACCAUAUGAAAUCAUUGGGGAACCCUCACUUGAGCUCACCAGUCACAGUUUUAUUGUCGCCCAUGACUUAUUCGACACGCUUGACGCGAGCAAAAUAUUUUUCCAGGCUAUCGCCGAUCACAAUUCUGGUUGUCAAAUUUUAGUAUAUAACUAUGCCGGUCAAGCUGGUACGAGCUUCUCAGCCGACAGAGGCGAUGGUGGUAUCAAUGUGAUGUUGCAUGCACAGCACCUUGCCGAGCUUCUACAUCAUGUCAACCUUUGUGGCGAAAUGCUCUUAUCUACGUCACCUUUCUUCUUGGUUGGUAUAGGAUAUGGACUUAGCAUUUGUGCCGAGCUCACCCACAAUAUUGGGAUAUAUCACCUCACACUGAGGGGGCUUGUCAGCAUCAAUGGUGUUCCACAAGUCGACACUCAGUAUGCAGCGAUACUACAUGCCGCUUUGGGCGCAUUUGAACAGUUUCCCGCCGACCGUCCUGAUUUGCCAAUUUCAUUCCUUUCACGAUUUCAGUUCAGUGAUGCAUACCUUACACGUGUGCAUCCGAAUCUCGCUCUAAAUAUAUACACUGCAGUUGCAAAUCCCAUUACGCUCGGAGGACGCCUUGCUCUAUUACGCGGCGCUUUGGAUGGCGCUAAGAACCUCUCACUUUCCAAUAUCCCUCUCCCCGUCAUUGCAUUGCAAUCUACCGAGGGCGUACUUGUGACGCCAUCAAACAUGGAGGUGGUGUUACGUGGCCGCACAGUACACCAUGUCUGGUCACAUGAGACAGGAGCAGACAAAAACUGUUCAUGUUUUGGAGCCCACGGGCGAUCUUUGAUACGCGACUCAAUAGGCCGUGUUAGCGGAGUAUCACACCGAGGGUGUGCAAUAUGGGUGAGCGCUGGUCACGAAGUGCGACAAGAGGCUACGAACAUCGUUUUGGGUGUCUUCGCAGAAAUUGCACCCCUUGCCUUCGAGGUCGAAUCCAAACAACAUGCGGAUAUUCGGCUCUUUGAACAAGGCACACGCUGCGAUAUACCUCACCGUCAGAUGGAAGUGUUUGAAUCAAGCGCAUCCAAUGACGGGUCCAUCAUCCCGGCUAAAGAUAUAGCAAGUGAGAUCUCAAACUCGACGCCUCGACUGUUUGAUAAGUCCGCUUCAUGCAUUUCGCCCCUGGUGUCAGUAGACUACCAUGCAACCAUUAACAACAAUCUUCAAGUUGUUGGUGCUGUGAUUUCAACAGAAAUUCAAGUAUGUGAAGAAAGCCUGGUGAUGAGUAACGCAAGCGAGACGGACAGCUCCUUCAAACGAGACGCCACUGACGUUAACGUUCUUCCUAUUGCUAUGCAAUCCAAUCCAAUUGAGACAAUUGAGACGCCGAUUUGCUAUGAAAUCCACUUCAGCAUAGUCAUCUUAGACAUAUCUCCACAAGAACUUACAAAGAAAGUUCUCAGAACAUUAUGUGGACACAUUGCCAAUCGAAUAGAGCGUUUGGGCGGUGGCUCUGUAGAUCUUUCUGUCACCUUGCGCGCUGGGUCCCUGAUCCUUGAUGUGAAAGCAUCUGCCGAACUGAACAAGAAUACAGCUUGCGCAUUAUCUUCAGAUAUAUCAUCAAGACGCCAAUUUUUACCAGAACCAUGGGGUACCCACACCAGUUUUGCCGUGUCAGUAAAUCGACUCCCCGCAAUAAAAAAUGCCGCGAGACAAACUGAAGCGCCAUCUCCAUCCCAGGCUCUAUCACAAGAGCAAUCAUUCAUCUCCGAGAAUCCAAGGUGUAUUGGGCAGUAUGCAGAUUUUGUUGAUAGCGCAGAGGACGCCAUAUCAUCAGCAUACACCAACCCAAACCCAUACGAAACAAAGCACCAACUAGCAGCAUUGAAGGAGAGAGAAUUUAUUGAGAUGCAGCGUCAAGUUGAGGUCGAUAUUGCAGAGGCGCACCUGGUUGAAGGUGGUAUCACCCCGGCCUACAAAACUCCACCCGGUGUCGCUGCUCCAAUAGUACACCCACCACCAACAUCAUAUAGAGAGCAUGAUAUAUCCGAGAUAAUGAAUCGCAACGAUCCAGAAAAUAUUUGGGACCAAUCUAGGGGCUUCGGAUCGGGAAAUCAAAGGGGAACUAAACUCGGCGCAGCUAGUUCGGGAGUUUUCCAUCUUCAAACUCAUAUCUCCUUAGGGCUUCUCUUCGGUUUCAGUAUUCUUCACUGCAGAUACUCCCAACUAUCAACUCAGAUGAUUCGGUACGAUGGAGCCAGCCGCUCCUGGGACGGCAUGGGCGGGGUUGCGCCCCAUGGGCGGGGUUGCGCCCGAGCUCAGUCCUGCGGUCCCGGUCCAUUGGCUCGGGAGUGCACCGGUCAGACCCUUGGCGAUAACUGCGUCCUGUCUCACUCUCUCAUCACGUCACGCGAUGGUUGCUGGACCGCACGUCACGCGAUGGUUGCUGGAUCGAAGCGGGGCUGCUCUCCUCAACUCCUCGUUCUGCCCCCCACGCGCUCGUCACAGCGCCAUGUCUUCUCGUGUGCCCUACUCAUCCUCGCGGACCUCGAGGCCACUGGGGGCGUUGCACAACUUCUGCAUACGCGCAGGACCGCGGCGUUGCAAAGACGGGUAGGCCAUCGUUUCGAGAAGAGCCUACAGAGCGAACCUGUGAGGAAUCGUGGUUCUAGAAGGCCGAUAUUUUCCCAGACGUCCUUUACGGGUGGGUUCAUCACACUUCAAAUACGAGAAAUUGAAAAGGCCGAGCGCAAAGUAUUCAACCCGACUCUACCUCAACAUACCUUCAAGUUACCUCAGGAUAUGUAUACUAGCCCACGAUACUAUUACUAG